UUUUGACAGCAGCGAGGGACGGAGGAGCCGCAGUGUGCUCUAGUCAUGGAUCAAUUAGAGGACCCAUAUUACGUCGAGGGCGACUUAGAUGAGUACUACGACGAUCCAGAUGAAGCCUUAAUGUACGAACAGAUGGAGAAAAUGUCCAAGUAUGGCCGAUUUUUCUACAUGUUCCAGUCGUGUGUGGGACCGACGACUGUUCAGACAUUCGACUUGGUUGGUCCCCUCCUGGCCUUGUGCUUUAUUCUACGGAUUGUCUCGUCACUCAAACUUCCAAGACUUUUAGUUCAUUUCGUUUCAUUUAUCUGUGGACUAGGAGCUUUAUUUUUGUUCCUGAAAAAAAACUCGGUAUACCCUUUGGCCAUGAGUGCGCUUGGGUAUCUAAUUCUGUUCGUGAGGCAAGGGAAUAGAGGAAUCGUGAUGGCUUUGACUUCAGUCAUGUUUUUAAUCGUAUGUGAACUGUUUAUUGCUACACCUGAAAACUGGCACCAGGUUCGAGGCUCUCAGAUGGUACUUGUAAUGAAGCUUAUUUCACUGGGUUUUGAUUCGGAUAAAGGUACAACUCCUUGGCCCAACAUAGUGGAGUAUCUUGGGUACUCUGUAUCAGUCAGUUCUGUCAUAUUUGGACCUUUUCUGACGUAUUCAGACUAUUGCCAGCUUUUGGAUGGGAAAAAGAUGAGUUUUGCCUGGUUUCUAGGAGUAGUAAGGAGUUGUUUUCUUUCCUAUUGUUGUUUGAUAGUUUCAGCUUGUAUUGCACCAUGGAUGUUUCCAGAGGACUCUUUUAAAUGGUUUGUGGCAUACCAAUCAGCAAUGUCAUUUAGAUUUAGCCAUUAUUUUGUAAGCUUCCUAUCAGAAUGUACCAGUGUAUUAAGUGGAAUUGGCACAGAAGUUAACCAAGAAGGAAAGCCAAAAACCCUCUGGAGGUAUGACAUAGCACGACCCCAGCAUAUUGAACUUCCUCGUUCCUUGGUGGAGGUAGUUGUUCAGUGGAAUAUACCGUUGCAUUUGUUUCUCAAAAAUUAUGUGUUUAAAAAAGCUAUACCUCUUGGGAGAUUCGUUGCUGUUUUCUCAACAUUUGCAUUGAGUUCUUUACUUCAUGGUAUCAAUUUUCAACUUGCGGCAGUGUUGAUUUCUAUAGGAAUAUACGCUUACACUGAACAUGUUUUUCGUCACAAAUUGGGGAAAAUUUUCAAUGCUUGUAUUCUGGCAAGAAAAUGCAGACCAGAAUGUGGACAUGUAUACAAAGAGGGUAACUUUUGGGUAAUUGCAGCUAAUCUUGGCCUAAGCUUCCUUGCAGUGUUUCACCUUGCUUAUUUAGGCAUCAUGUUUGGGGGAGACUCAGAAAUCCAAGAAAAGGGUUAUGGUAUGAAUCACACAUUAGGCAAGUGGUCAGAUUUAGAUUUUGCCAGUCACUGGGUGGCAUUGGCAACUUUUCUUCUGAGUAUAAUUAUUAGCUGAGAAAAGGCAAAAUAUACAAGUGAACUAUAUUUUAUUGGGGUCAAAUGUUUCCUUUGGCUUUUGAGACUAAGCAUUUAAGUGACUUAAGACUGACCUUUAAAAUUACAAGCGACAAUAAAUUUAAUUCACAGGUCACAAGCUCAGCAUGUGAAUUUUUUUCAAUGGGCUGUUUAAUGCUACAAAUUUUUCCCAACAUAUGAUUUAUAGAAUUUGUAAUGAAAAUAAACCUUUAAGCCAAUCUUCUUGAUGCAUGCAGAAAAAAUGUCCUCAAAGUAAGUGACCCCCGGCUUAUUUACACACUUGGGGUCAUAGUUAAUCUCUACUUUGACAAAGCCUUGUGCAACAAAAGACUGCAAUUUUCACAUUUUUACCAGUAGCAGCAUGGCCGUUGUAGUUGACUGUCACUCCCAGUUAUUGUCUCACUUUCUUCAAAUUGAAGUUGAAGCCACUUAAUCUACAGAAGAUAUUGUGACUAAAAGGGUACCAAUUAAGAUGGAUUAAGAUUUGGGGAGCAGGAAUGGUGCAGUGGUAAGAGUACUCGCCUCCCACCACUGUCGCCCGAGUUUCAUUACCAAACGUGGGCUCACACGUGAGUUGAGUUUGUUGUUGGUUCUCGUCCUUGCUCCAAGGGUUUUACUGCGGGUCCUCUGGUUUCUCUCCCUCCACAAAAAUCAACAUUCCAAAUUCCAAUUUGAUCUGGAGUCAAGUGCUUUUAACACGAGCCACUGGCUCGGGAAAUUGGACAACCACUUCCUACAUUAUCAAGUUUAAAUAAAUAAUUUUUUAUUAUUUUUUGUAUUAUUAGUUAAAGUUCUAUAAUUAUACAGUUUUGUAGUUUGGAACUUUGUUUGUUAUAUGAUGAAUAUAUGAAGUUCAUAUAUUUUGAA